GGGUCACCCAUGAGGCUAGAGGCCGCAGCUAGGAUGGAUCUGUUCAGGAAGCUGUGGAAGGCGAGGAAGCUGAUCGUUGUGGUGUUCAUCCCGCUGUCCCUGCUUCCCUUACCGCUCAUCCACCCCACCAGCGAGGCAUGCUGUGCGUACGUGCUGAUGGUGACGGCAGUUUACUGGGUGUCUGAGGCUGUUCCCCUGGGUGCUGCUGCUCUGGUGCCCGCCUUCCUCUAUCCGCUCUUUGGAGUACUCAAAUCCAGCGAGGUGGCAGCAGAGUACUGUAAAGACACCACUCUGCUGCUGAUGGGAGUCAUCUGCCUCGCAGCCUCCAUAGAGAAGUGGAACCUGCACAAACGCAUCGCUCUGCGCAUGGUGAUGAUUGCAGGGGCCAAGCCUGGCAUGUUGGUGCUGGGCUUCAUGUGCUGCACAGUGUUUCUGUCCAUGUGGCUCAGCAACACGUCCACCACAGCCAUGGUGAUGCCCAUAGCCGAGGCCGUCCUGCAGCAGCUGAUCUGCACCGGCCUGGCUGACAGCCACAGCGACUCCGAAACCGCUGAGGUACCUGAGGAUGACGGCGCUGUUUCAGACAAAGAAGAGAACCUGGACAAAAACCAGUUAGAGCUACUCUAUCGCGACAGCAGCGACUGCACUAAACAGGAGCUCUCGACACUAAGUGAGGUACAGACUGGGGAGGUAAAUGGUUUGGGUCUAAGGCCAAUCUCCAACCAGGAUUUCAUCAGACACACCAAUGGACACCUGCCGCAGGUUGCUAUCGAAAUCCCAAACGUGAAGCGGGUGAAGGCCAGGAGAGACUCCCAGUAUCCCACCAAGAGGGAUCACAUGAUCUGCAAAUGCCUGUCGCUCAGCAUCACCUAUGCCGCGACAAUCGGCGGCCUCAUCACCAUCACCGGCACGUCAACCAACCUCAUCUUUGCUGAGCAGUUUAACACUCGUUAUCCAGAUGCGAAGGUGAUAAACUUCGGCACGUGGUUCAUCUUCAGCUUCCCCAUCGCCAUCAUCAUGCUGGUCCUCACCUGGCUCUGGCUGCACUUCCUCUUCCUUGGCUGCAACUUCAGGGAAACGUGCUCGUUGAGUAAGAAACGCAAAACCAGGAGAGAGAUGCUGUCAGAGAGGAGGAUCCAUGAGGAGUACGCAAAACUGGGACCCAUCAGCUACCCAGAGGUGGUGACCGGUGUUUUCUUCAUCCUGAUGACUCUGCUGUGGUUCACCAGAGAGCCUGGUUUUGUGCCCGGCUGGACAUCUCUUUUUGAGAAGAAAGGCUACAGGACCGAUGCGACAGUGUCUGUCCUUCUGGGCUUCCUGCUCUUCCUCAUCCCUGCCAGACGACCCUUCUCCUCCUCCUCCAGCUGUAGAAACACAGAUGACGAUGACCCGCUAGCUCCCAUGAUCACCUGGAAGGACUUCCAGAGACUGAUGCCAUGGGAGAUCGUCAUCCUGGUGGGAGGAGGCUAUGCACUGGCUGCUGGUUGCAAGGUGUCAGGCCUGUCAGUGUGGAUUGGCAGACAGCUGGAGCCCAUGAGUGGUCUUCCUCCCUGGGCUGUCACCCUGCUGGCCUGCCUGCUGGUGUCAGCAGUCACGGAAUUCGCCUCCAACCCGGCAACUCUCACCGUCUUCCUGCCCAUCCUGUCAGCGCUGGUACAACACACACGUCCUCUGCUCCUUAUUAUUGAUCAUGAAAAAUAUCAGAUAAAAGUCGGAGACUCUGCACAUCAACCCCCUGCACACUUUGAUCCCGUCCACCAUGUGUGUAUCAUUCGGGGUCAUGCUCCCAGUGGGGAACCCCCCCAACGCCAUCGUCUUCAGUUACGGCCACGUGAAGAUCAGCGACAUGGUGAAAGCAGGCUUCGGGGUGAACCUGAUCGGCGUGGCGGUGGUGAUGUUGGCCAUCACAACGUGGGGGGUUCCCCUCUUCAACCUGACUGAGUUCCCAGCCUGGGCAGUGGCCAGGAACGUCACUGGCAGCUUAUAACCACCGCUGGGGUGGUAGAAGAGGGAAGAAGAGGGGAUGAAUCACUGAAAGACAGAAAGAGAGAAAGAGAUGGGGCAGUGUUUCUGUAAGGAAAGACAACAAGAAAAUGACGUCUUGCUUCAGAGUUAAGCCCUUUCUUAGACUGAUUUAAACUGGACCUGAAGGAGGAAGAAGGAUGGGGAGAAGAAGAGGAGAGCAAAAAAACAUUAUCUGUUGCUUAUAGUAGAUAUAAUAACUAGAAUUGUAUUUUUAUUGGCCGUAAGGGGGCAUUACGAGGAAUGCAGAAUGCCUUUGCCAAAGUGGCCACAGCAAAAACUUUUUUUUAUACCUCUGUUAACGAAGUUUGAUGGAGAUUCUGUUUUCACCGAAUCACUGAAGAUAUUACUAAAAGCUACAAACAUAUUUGUGGUGAUCAAGAACUGAUAUUCUGUUGUUUGAUUUAGAAUAGAAACAAUGAUAAGUUAGGUUUUUAGCAGCUGCCUGGAAAGUGUUUUCAGAGCCACAUCAUGCCUUGUUCUGUGGAUUAGUUGAUAUUUAGAUAGAAAUAAGCUAUAUGGCCAUCGCAGAUAAGCCUCUUUUUACUGCAUGCUUGCUGAACUUCUGCUGCACUUAAAUGUAUUGCUCUCUAACCAGAUCAUGUGCAUUGCAACAAGUUUGCUGAGAGAAUUUAAAAUUUAGUUUUGUAAAAGAAAGCAGCUCACUGCUGUAUUAAUGGUAUUAAAGCCAGCUAAAUGCAUGAAAAGAGGCUUCUACUAUGGCUGAUAAUGUACUGUAUACAUAGAGCUACUUACUGUCACGCCUUUCAGAUGCACCCUUUUCACAAGUGUCUAUAUGAUCAGUUUCUAAAGAUAUAAAAGCUUGUGUAUAUUUAGCAACAAAUUGAAAGCUAUACACUGUCCAUAGGCCUCUAAAUAUCUACCUGAUGUCUUUACCAAAGUUUCUGAAGCUGAUUUUGUGUCCCAUCAUACUGUGAACAUUUUGGAGUUUGUUGGCCACAUUUACUCAAAGCUCCUUGCAGUACCAAUAGUGCCUUUACCAUGUUAUUGCCUGUCAUACUACACUUUUAGCAUGACUGUCUCUUGUGGGAAUCCAACCUCUAACCCUGACAGUGUUAACGCCUUGCUGCUAAUCUCAGAGCAGUGCAGGAACUCGGUUCACUACCAUCCUCCUUAAAUUAUGGAAAGCAGUAGUGUAAUUGCUUUUUACUGUGCUAUUUCUCAGCCAUUUUCUUGUACUUGUUACCAUUAUAAUAUUAAGAAUGUGAUCUGUACCGUAUUUAAGGUAUAGAAAGUCCCGGGCUGGUUGACGAAUCAUACCAUCGUGUAUUUUAUGCUAACUUGAUUUCUUGUAGCUUUUCCUUAUAUUGCAGUUUGGAAAGCCUGUAGACUUGAGAGGUUAGACACACUCCUGUCAUUAUUCUGUGUAUUCAGCCAGGUGCUUCUGAUUCUACAAACAAGGCCCCUAACUGUGCUCUGCUUCAUCACUUCUUUGUCUUCAGCCUGUUUGUCAGAUGCUGGUUUUCUGUCAUAUUAAAUACAUCUGAAAACUUCAGAAAUAGAUUCUGCAGUCAUACAAUAUGAGAGAAUGUUACUAGUUAAGGUCCUGAGUUAUGCCAAGAUAAUGAUCUUUAACCAUGAAGAUUAAAUUCUGUGUGAGUCAGCAGGUAGAAAACACUAUAUAUAUAUAUAUAUAUAGUGAUAAUUACUGUAGCUUUUUAUGAAAUUUGUCACACUAGCAUGUUUGGUCUUUAUUUGUUGUCACCUUGGAGGUGUGACUUUUCUCCUGGCAUGGGAACGCAGAAAGAAAAGCAGAUUUGGGAGGCUGCAAAACGCAGCAUCCAAAACCUUUAAGGAAGAGAGGAAGAGUGAGGUGGCACAGGGUCGUAUGGUACAGUAGUUUGUUCAAUCAGCUGUCAAAUCACAGUAACUGUUGUCUGGCGGUGAAAAGGUUUGCACAUAACAUUCACUGUACUGUGCAAAAAUAUAAAAAGAUAUGCUUUAUAUUUUUACACAAAUUUUAAAUGUAAUUUGUGGCUUUUUUUAUAUUAUUGCAUUUUAAGUUUAGGUCCUAGCUUAGGCAGAAUCAAAAGCCUACACUUUUCUUUUGUAAUUUAUUCAGUUCUACUGAAGAUUUCAUACAUCUUGAUGAUGUUACAGCAGUGACCUUUAACCCAGGGGCCACACUCCUUUGUAAAUACAUACAGAUUUGUAAUAUAAAGACAAUGUGCCUUUGCCCAUUUCCAAAUGAGCUGUAAUAUUCUGAAAUUAUGUGUUAUACCUUGAUGUUCCAUUCAUACCCGAUGAUACAUUAUACAUGUACAACAAUAAAUCCCACUGAUUGUA